UCAUGCACUACAACAGGAUGCAGAGAGACCUGCAACUGAAAAUAGAGUCUGUAAAGGGAAGCAGCCUUGAAGAGCAGAUUCGCAACCAGCACGUGCUGCUGACUCUGAUGUGGGAUACCUGUCUGUGUGACCAGGAGCUUGUCCGGAGUGUCACAAUGUUCUAUCUCAGUCAGGCUGAGUUGCUGCAGAAGCUGCUGAAGGAAGCUGGGGAGGGAUCAGUAAGUGAUGAGGAGAAAGUGAAGGCAGAGAAGAAGGCUUUUUCCAUGAUACCAGAGUUCUGUGUGAAGGAUAUGGCCAUCUGGUUCCGGUUUGUGGCCACCCAUGCAGUCUACGUCCACAAGGGAGUUCUCCAGGGUCUUUCAAUCUCCUUCUUUGUUGACUGCUGUGUAAGUCUCCUGGAGAGGCCUGACCUCAUGCCUGGUCCUAUUCCUGCCAGUAAGAUGGUCUCUUGUUUGCUCCAGUUUGUCAACUCAUCAAAAAGGCAAAGCUCAAGAGGAUGGGGCAGCGGUCUCAUGUCUGAUCUUGCUGCGAUGGUGGAGACAUGCCCAUCAGUACAGAACCAGCUAGGCUCGCCCUCCUCCGCACUCCACGCCAGCCGCCGAUGUUGUUGAGGGCCUGGAUGUAGACAAAGAUGAGUUUGACAAAUAC